ACAAAAAAACUUUUCCAAACUGGAAUUCUAUAAAUUGUUCUAGAGAACGAAUAGCUUCGUACCUCGCUUCACUUAGAAGAGAGGAGAUGUACAAUAAAAUAUCAAAUGUAUCCCCUGGAACCAGAACCAGUAGUCAUGCGCCCUUUGUGACUCGGGAAGCUAUUAUCGCAUGUCGAUUUCGUUACAGUCCUGUCUCUUUUAAGUGUCUCGAUCAAAGCCAUACACACGAGACUUCUUGUUCGUUCCCCGCCAUUCCCAGUAGGAGUGUAGGACGGCUUGGCUUUCAGGAUUCUGGGCUCUAUGUAUAUAUGCACGGCGCCGCCCUUCUUUUUCCUCUCUCCUCUCUUCUUUUCUGCGUGUGAUAUGAACACUGGGCAAUCAAGAAUGGCUGAUUUUGGAUUCAUUGAGAACUCAUCUGGGACGAUUCCUAAACCGACCAUACAAAACAUAGUUUCAACAGUCAACUUGAACUGCAUGUUGGACCUAAAAGCCAUUGCCAUGCAUGCUCGUAAUGCAGAGUACAAUCCAAGACGCUUUGCAGCUGUUAUCAUGAGGAUUAGGGAGCCCAAAACCACGGCAUUGAUUUUUGCCACCGGAAAGAUUGUCUGCACCGGGGCCAAGAGUGAAGCACAAUCUAAGCUUGCAGCCAGGAGAUACACGAAGAUCAUUGAAAAGUGUGGGGUCAAAGGAGUCCAGUUUAAAGAUUUCAAGAUCCAGAACAUUGUUGGAUCUACUGAUAUGAAAUUUCCUAUCAGACUUGAACAUUUGGCUUGUGCCCAUGCGGCCUUUGUAACCUAUGAUCCAGAAGUGUUUCCUGGCUUGAUAUACAGGAUGAAGCAUCCCAAUGUGGCGCUUCUCAUCUUUGCGUCCGGGAAGAUCAUCCUCACGGGAGCAAAGGUGAGGGAUGACACUUUUAAAGCCUUCGACAACAUAUACCCUGUGCUCACACAGUUCAAGAGGAAGAGCCAACUAUGUUGAUUUGACUUAGAUUCAUUCUUUUAGAUGAAUUUGUUUGAAAAAUGUUUUCCCUUCUGCAAUCAAAUCCAGCUUCUCAAGUUGUACCUGCAACUGCUCCUGAUAAAACAUCUACCAAUAGCCAGCUACAUCAGGAAUUUGAUGUUG